GAGAGAGAGAGGAAGAAAAGGAAAAAGGAAUUGAAAUAGGAAGUGGCAGGGAAUGGGGCUUAGGGGAAUACAAGUCAGAACAGAUACCGCUGACUCUGUCCCUUUUUGAGUUAAUGUGUAAUGAGAAUGUGGACUAACACUCCUGGGUCCCCAUCAGUGCAUAUAUACCCUACCCCCAAAAGAACAAAUUCAGAAAAAUAGCCUCUGCCCUCCUUCCUGCUCCCAGCUGCAACAGUUAAGAGGUUUCAGUCCAGAUAAAGGUCGAAGAUGCCUGGUUAUUUAAUCACCUUAUCAGUUAGGUCCUGGCCCUUUGACCAAGCUCUAAUUAGUGUCGUCGGGGGGAGACUACGAGGCACAUUCCCUAGGCCCAGAGCUCUCCAGUGGAAUUAGCUAAGUAGAUAUGGAAACAUUGCUAUCUUUCACCCUUUGGCCCCCCAAAUUUACCCUGUGUGCACCAGAACACUACUGAGAGGCAGGGUGCGAACAAUGACCAAGAAAUCUCUCCCAUUUCCAGCUGUCCUCUUGUGAAGUAGCUCUCUUGUCACACUACCGCUUUCCCCUGGCCCUGGGGGAAGAGUGUAAGGACAGGCUGUAGUCGGAUUCCUGGAUUUUAUUAGUCCUGUCUGCAAGGAAGGAGUAACUGGAGAGGGCAGCUUCAGAAAUUAGUUCUGCCCACAACCCGCUCCCCUCCCUCAAACUCACAGCCUUUCCUAUUCUAACAAGAAGGCCUGGCUUGUAGAAUGCCAGAGGCGGGAGAUAGUGGUGAUAGGGUUCUAUUUUCUAGGGGAGAGCUGUGUUUGUGAGCAGUAGCCCUCUGGAGGUGUGCGGGGGAGGGCUGUGGGGAUCCCCCAGAGGAUUUUAGGUGGGUAGAGAGGAAUGGGAACUGGUGUCUUCACAAUCCCUCCCUGAGCGUCUCUUCAUAGGACACGUCUCCAAACUCAAACUGUAGUUUCAUUUUUCUCAGGUCCGGUUUAAGGAGCUCCAGCGAUGCUGGGCAAAAUGCUCCCUCUAGCGCCUUAAACGCACACAAAUUUUUCUCGACCUUGAAGAGGCUGGGCGAUCUUUGUUACGCGGCCUUCGACUCAAGUCUAAAGUACCACCCACAAACUCCCACUCGCCCCUGCAACAGCGGACUGAAGCUCUGGGGCCGUCAGGGCUGCCUCUCUUCUGCUUCCUCCUCUCCCAUUGGUCACUGGAAAUUUAAGCACCUUUUUUCAUCAUUGGGUGGGUUGGGUCUUUGAGCUUCCUUUGCCCAUUUCCAAGAUGGCGCUUAUGGCCAUGCUUAGAAUGCAGGUUGAAGCUAUAGUUCUGCCAUUAUUUAAGAUGGCUGCCCCCAUCAAGAUGACCGGGGUGUGCCUAGGGGAAAGAGGCAGCGGGAUGCUUUGAGAUGGUCUAGCAUUGAACCCUAUGGAAGUUUCUGAAACUGGGGAGCCUGAUGAUGGGGGGUGGAGCUCGUGGGGGAUAGAGGGAGCAAUAGAUUGUUUCCCCAGGCUAACCCCGACCCCUCCCUGUCCUCUGGACUAAAAUGGGUAACACCCUGGGCCUGGCACCGCUGGGGACUCUACCCCGCCGGACCCCCCGUCGAGAGGAACCGCUGCCCAACCCCGGGAGCUUCGAUGGGCUGCACCGGUUGUGCAAAGAUGUAUUUCCAGCACAGAUGGAGGGCGUGAAGCUGGUUGUCAACAAGGUUCUGAGCAGCCAUUUCCAGGUGGCUCAUACUGUGCACAUGAGUGCCCUGGGCUUGCCAGGAUAUCAUCUCCAUGCCGCCUACGCAGGGGACUGGCAGCUUAGCCCCACUGAGGUGUUCCCCACCGUGGUGGGGGAUAUGGACAGCAGUGGUAGUCUCAACGCCCAGGUCUUGCUUCUGUUGGCAGAGCGGCUGCGAGCUAAGGCUGUCUUCCAGACACAGCAGGCCAAGUUCCUGACAUGGCAGUUUGAUGGCGAGUAUCGGGGAGAUGACUACACAGCCACUCUGACCCUGGGGAAUCCUGACCUGAUUGGGGAGUCAGUGAUCAUGGUCGCUCACUUCCUGCAGAGCAUCACCCAACGGCUGGUGCUAGGAGGAGAGCUCGUUUAUCACCGGCGACCGGGCGAAGAGGGGGCCAUCUUGACUCUGGCUGGGAAGUACUCAGCUGUACACUGGGUAGCUACGUUGAAUGUUGGGUCAGGUGGGGCCCAUGCAAGUUAUUACCACAGGGCAAAUGAGCAGGUUCAGGUUGGAGUGGAGUUUGAGGCAAAUACAAGGCUACAAGAUACAACCUUCUCCUUUGGUUACCACCUGACUCUGCCCCAGGCCAAUAUGGUGUUUAGAGGCCUGGUGGACAGUAACUGGUGUGUUGGUGCUGUGCUGGAGAAGAAGAUGCCCCCCCUGCCCGUCACUCUCGCCCUGGGAGCCUUCCUCAAUCACUGGCGCAACAGAUUCCAUUGUGGCUUCAGCAUCACCGUGGGCUGAAGUGGUUUUGGAGGGAUCUCCACACAGCAGCUGGAACCUCUGAGUCAGAUGCCCUAGGGCCAGAGACUAACUAGGUCCCUCUCCAGAGCCUACCUUGCUGAUGACUUCUAGGUCCCAUGGGCAGAGUGGGGGGCAGGACCAUGUCCUCCUCAGAACUGAAGCUGCCACACGAUCACUUCCCCAUGAGGCAGUGGUUUGAGGUUCCCAAUUCUGCCAUCAGCCCUACUAUAAUUUUCCAUAUCUCUAUGGCUCUGGACUGAAGGAGAAGGAUUAAGGGAUGUAUCUGGCUUCCCUCACCCUACUUUCUUCUUUAUUAUUUUUAUUUGAUUAAGGUAUUAGCUCCUUCUUCAGAGCAGAAAGAUCUGCAUGGGAUUCACUUCCUAUACCAUUUCUCCCAUUUUCCAUCCCUCAGCCUCCCAAGGUUGGGAAAAUAGGGUUAAAGAGCUAAAUCUUUGGCCAUAGAAAGACCAAAGAAUGGGCCCACCCAUUCCCUGAAGGACCGUCACCUCCUAGCCCUGAGACUUCCUCCUUUCCCAUCUUCUGUGUUUCCAGAGAGCCACUUUGGUCCUGUGGUCACCCCAACUCCCCACUCUCUGCCCCCUGCCCUGUCCACACCCCAUGGAUGACCGCACGGAGAGACAGUUGCUGUUCAGUGUUUCAUUGGGGCCAAUGAGCUCCUUUUAGCUGGUCCCCAUCUUGGGCACCAGUAAUUUCCCCUAGCCAGUCCAAUGUAUCCCAGGGGGUCUGGGGAAGGAGGCCAGCCUGGGCCUCAGCUGAAGAUUUCCCCAAGCAGUGGCAUCAUAGCAGACAGUCCCUGGAUGCGCUGUAUUUCAUACGAGUAUGCAUUGUUUAUGCUCCGGAGCUCAGCCAGCAGGCCCAUCAGCUUUGCAUACAGAAACCUUCGGAAGGAGUAGUAGGGUUACCAGGGAAAGAAGAGGGAAAUGAAGCAGCUGGGAGUCUUGUCCUGAGGCCCCAGUCCCCUAAACUGCCCCUCCAGGAGGGAAGUCUGAACAUUAGAAAAUCCUGCUGUGGAUGGCACAUACUACAUUUUGAAAAUGUUCAGAAGUCCCCAAGAGGGCCUCUUGUCAGCACUGUCUUCCUUCUUUGUGCCUAGUUUUUCCUGAACCCAGGGCUUAGAGGUCAAAUGUAAAGAACUAGACUUGGCCAACACUUCAACUGUAUAGAACCUGAAGGUGGAACCUUUUAGAUGGAGUUCUAGAAGGCGGGUGUGUUGUUCUAUGGCAUAAAACAUCCCCCUCUUAGCAAACUGAUUUAUCAAGGAAUGAACAGAACAAAAGUGGCAUUAACUUCGGAGCCUGGACUCUCGAACCAGGGACAGGCUUUGUCCCUGAAACUGUGAAUGACCAUGGCUUCAAGUGGAACUGAAAAGUUCAAGGAAUUGACCCAAGGGAAAGGAGAGGGCCAAGAAGAAGAAUGAAGUUGGAGAGGUGAGGUGAUGGCUCACCAGUCUCAGGAAUGCUAUCAAACACAGGCUAUGAGCUACUACUUUGCAUCUCUACUGAAAAAAAAAAAAAAAAAAAAAAAACCUUGGAAAAGUGAGAAGGAACAGCAGUGUGCGCAGUUUGGGUACUGGAACUAUGUGUGAUAGGGGUGGCCCAAGGGAAGAUCUAGAUUCCCGAAGGAAACAACAGUAAAUGCAUUCAUUCUGAUCCCAAUGUUUCUCCAAUCUCUUCCU